AUGAUAACAGAAAUAUUUUUAUUUUUUUCGCUAAUUGGGGUUUCUCUAAGUCAAGAUAUUGCUUUUCCUGAUGAUAAUGAUGAAAUAAAAAUUCGAAUUCAUACUACGUUAACAACACCAAAAACUACUACUACUUCUACAACUCCUUUUAAAAUUAGUGAAACAAGCGUAAAAGUGUGUCCGGUGAAUAUGACAACAAUCACCGAAAACGGUGAAACUAUUUGUGAAUGUGUCGCAGGAUAUGUUUAUUAUUUGCCUUUGGACAGUUGCUUCAUACCUUACAGCCGGGGACCAUGUACAUCAGGAUAUCAUUUAGCUUUUCCUAAUGGCACAAUGACAGUUGAGUGUUCAAAAAAUCCCUGCGAUGAUGAUUCUGUAGUGUACCAAAAUAAAUGCCACAAGUUUCUAAAAUCGGGCCCACCAUGUCCUGAAGGUCAAACAUUGACUGUCAGUGAAGAAAAUUAUGAAAUAAUGUGUCAAGAAGUAAUGCCAAUCAUCUAUCAGUUAAUAGUGACUCCAACAAAACGCUGUUCGGCUGGUUCACGUAUGGCAGCUCGCGGAAUAUGCCGACAACUUUUAUAAAUUUUGUUUCUCUAUCAAUACUUUAAAUUACAUGGAAUAAUCAAUGUCGAUGUUAAAUACUAAAUAAGUUGGACGAAUUUAUCUUUACGCAACCAUUUUUCACACUCGAAUCAUCGAUUGGAUAGUUCAAGGACGUGUAUCUCAGUGAUGUUUUUAUUUUAAAGUUUUUUAAUAAUAGUAAUAUGAACCGUUGCUUUAAUUUUUUUUUCUGUAAAAAUUAAUGAUAACAAUUUUAUAUCAU